AUGGCUUCCCUUUUGGUGGCAUUUGCAUUCGCUAGGGACAUGCCGAGCGACGCUGGUCUGAGAGACGAGAAAAACUUCAUUGUGGGCAGCGGCAUUGGUGCCGCCGGAGGGAUCGGCAAAGUCGCCGGAGUUGGCCCGUUCGGUAUUCCGUUUGCCGGCGUCGGUGGUGGUGCGGGUGUAGGAGCCGGAAUUGGCGCGGCCGGUGGUCUGGGUGGACUUGGAGGCCUCGGUGGGCUUGGUGGUGCUGCUGGAGGACUCGGGGGUGUAGGUGGGCUUGGCGGACUCGGGGGUGUCGGUGGGCUUGGUGGACUUGGUGGAGCUGCUGGGGGACUCGGUGGCCUUGGCGGGCUUGGUGGACUCGGUGGGCUUGGCGGAGGGGCUGGUGGGCUCGGAGGUGCUGCCGGUGGUCUUGGUGGGCUUGGUGGACUCGGCGGGCUUGGUGGGCUUGGCGGAGCUGCUGGUGGGCUCGGAGGUGCUGCCGGUGGUCUUGGUGGGCUCGGUGGUGUCGGCGGACUAGGUGGUGUGGGUGGCGGAGUGGCUGGCGGAGCUGGCGCCGGUGGCCUUGCUGGUGGUAUCAUUCCUUGA